AUGGCGCAGGCUAUUAAAUUAAGUGAAUUAACUUCUAGAAAAAGACGUGUGGAAGAGACUAAUAAUAGUGAAGAAGAAUCUGAUAUCAAUAUCAGCAGUACUGACUCAGAAAAAGAGGAUGAAGAAGCUGAAAAUGGAACAAAAAAAGAAGAUGAUGGUGAAGAAAUCGUAAACAUUGAUUUUGAUUUUUUCAGUGGUAACCCAAAUGUUGAUUUCCAUGCCUUAAAAAAUUUAAUGCGUCAAUUAUUUGGUGCUCAAGAAAGUAAUAGAAUUCAAUUAAGUGCCCUUGCCGAUUUAAUUUUAGAAUCUCCAACUACUACUAUUAAAACUGAUGGUCAAGAAUCUGAUCCUUAUUGCUUCUUAUCAUUUAUUAAUUACAAAGAAAAUCGCAAAUGUGAUUACGUUCAAUAUUUGAAAAAAAUUGAUAAUAGAUUAUCAACGUUUUUUGAUACAAUUGAUGGUAAUAAUAAUAAAACAUGUGCUUUAGUAAUGAGUGAAAGAUUAAUUAAUAUGCCACCUGAAGUUGUUCCACCAUUAUACAAAAUUACAUUGGAAGAUGUCAGUAAUUCAUUAGGUGAUGGUAAACAUUAUGAUUUCUACAUAAUUGUUAGUAGAAAAUACGAGGUCAAUUUUGAUAUGGAAGAAGAUGAUGGAGAAAGUGGUUCUAGAUCCAAAAAAAGAGUUAAACAAAAUGAAAUUGACUACUUCCACGAAGAAGAUCGGUUCUUUGAAAAACAUUCCAAGAUCCAUUUCCAAUCUGAAGCUAAAAAGGGUGUUAUUGCCAGUUAUAUCAUGAUUGAUCAUGAGGGUUUAGUUAAAAGUAUUGAUGAGUUUGAAAAGGAAAUUGCAUCUUGGUAA